CUGAUAUAAAACCUAAAUCUAAAGAGUCAGCGAUCUUUCUUCCCUCUGGCGAAGUUAUCGUGUGAGGUCAAAGGCCAGCAGUGUAAUCAGUAAAGAGAGUGAGCUCAAACACCUUGAACUCAUCAUGGCUACCGGUCUUGUCGAGUUUCUCCUCAAUUUAAGACGAGGCCUUGUGAAAGAUGAAGAAAAUUCACCUGCACGUGGUGGUACUCGGGUUGAGGAAUCUGCUCGUGCGGGAAGGCGGAGAGAUGACACCUCAAUGCCGACGCCUUUGCAACGUGAACCGUGUAAAACUCGGCCUGCGUUUGAACUUUGCGCAAAGGGCAGCCAUGGAAAUUAUAUGGAAAGACUUCCUUCUGAGAUCAUCUUGAAGAUCUUUUCCUUUCUGGAUGCCUCCUCUCUGUUCAACAUCAGCUUUGUCAACAAGCGGUUUCAUGAUCUGGCCAACAGCAAUGCUCUGUGGUCUGUGUUGUAUGCUUCUGAGAUUGAAAAGAAAAUGUGGAGACCCCCAGUAAGCAUGAUGAAAGAAGCAGUGAGCAGCACCGUUGUGGAGGAGAAGCCUGCUGGAUACUGGAAGAAGCUGCUGCUCAAGGAGAUGGCCGGCUACAAGGACACCAUGUGGAAAACAGAGCUAAAACACAUGAACCCGCACACGGGCAUGCCAGCUCUGACGGAGCAUGUCCUCAGGAGGUUAGACAUUCAGUGGGAGAUCACCCUCACAAAUCGGAACGGACGGGAAAUUGUCUAUAAGCAGACGCACACUUUCUUCGAAGAUUCAUCGGUUACAGUGUGCUGGAACCAUGGUAUCUGGCCGCUCAUGUACACUCUUAAUACCCUGCAGCUUCAUGGAAUAAUGUGUCCGGCUUCACCAGCUCCAGGAGACAAGCCAAGGUGGCGCUCUCUGAUUCGCAAGACGGCUUUGCAAAGAACAGGACGUUGGUCGUUCUUUGGUGCUGACAGGCUUGUGAAGGUGCUGGAGUUUGAUAAAGGGAUCCUCAUCGGGCUCUGGCGGGGCAAUUGGAAAAUUGCCUUCAUCAUGGUCAACCUGCACUUCCACAAACUGAUUGAAAGAAGUCUUCUCGGGUCAAGAUUUUGUCCCUACAUGCCUGCAGAUGACAGUGCUGUGGACCCUGACUGUAGCCGCCAUGGAUACACUCUGCACAUUGUGCUUCACAAUCCAGUUCGGCAAAUCCUGUGUCGGAGGUUUUCCCCACUGUACACCCGCAGAGUGAUGCCACAAAGGGAAUUUGUGCAGUUAAUCGCCAUUGAUUUCGCUAAUGUAUCCGAGCACGUGCCUGUGGCGAAGAUCAGUCUUCCAUGGCAAGCAGAGGGAUUGAAGGGAGAAGUUGAGCGGUGCUGCAUGAUGACUCUGACGGUGCUGGAUGAGGCUCAGCGUCCCUUCUGGUGUGCCAGUUCUACUGUAAAAAUGUACAGUAGACAAAGAGUGCUCGAGUUGGAGUACGAAGGUGAGCAGUUCAUCGUCCUUUACGAGGAUGCCGAGGGGAAGGUCAAAAUGACCUUCGUGUGGAUGGAGGAGGUUCAGCACUACUUUUUGGUGCAGCUAGUUACUAUCUUUCCAGCAGACAAAGUGCAAAGGCACUUUAGUGGAGAAUGUUGAAACCGUUGCGAUGCCUAGCUGGUUUAUGUUUAGAAAAGUUGCAAUGAUUCUGGCAGUGCUUUUAGUUGUAAACAUUCAAAGGUGAUUUUUGUAAUACAUUUCAUUUUUCUAGCUUUUUGGCAGUUUGUUCAUGUAGAUGUCUGAAAUGUUUCAGAGGCACUGAGUUUUUACUUUCAUGUUUUGUUUUUCUGCAAAUGCCAAAGCACGAUUUUUAUUUCAGUACCAAUUUAAAUUUGGUAAAUGUUGUUCAACUUUUUAUUUUUGGCAUUAUGUUUCUCAUUGUUAGUUUCAAAAGGAAAAUAAAUAACACAAUGGUUUGAACGUCCUGUGUACUGUUACUGAACUCCCAUUGUAAUCCCAAAUGAUCAAAUAAUAUUAAUGAUUUAUUUCUCUGUAGUGUUUUUAUAAAGGUCAUUCAAGUGCUGGAGUGAUGCAAUGGGAGGCAUAAAUGUAAAAUUUCUAAUCGGCUAAAAUUCUUCCUCAUUAUACCAACCAUUGUGAAACCUCAUGUACAAUGUUGGGGAUUAUAAGUAAUCUGAGUUAUGUAAUCAGAUUACUUUUUAACUAGUAAAGUAACGAUUACCUUUUUAAUUUUUAGAAGGACAUAUCUGAGUGAGUUUUUUAAAUAAGUAACACUAGUUACUUUGUUUCCCAUGUAUUGACUGACAGCUCUCGUGUUGCCAUGUUGAGAGAAAUCGGGAGUAAGUACAGAGGCGUUGGGUGCGCUGUGUGAACAUGUUACUGUAGUUCUAGACUGAAUAUGAACAUUGAUUUACUCAUCUCUCUGCACAAAAACAGAUUCGGUAUUCUUCAAAAUUAAUAAAACGUCAAAUGCAAACUUGGAAUAUUAUACAAACAUGCAAUAAUUUGAUAUGCAGACAAAUAUAAUUUUUACAAAUAUAAUUUUUGUAUAUAAUCCCAUUUUGUUAACCAGUGUCUUUGCUACUGACUUCACAACUCAACCAUACUAAUAAGCAAAAAUGACAUUUGUUAUUGCUGAAUAGUGUCUGAUCUUUCUUCUCUUCUUCAUAUUCUUCAAGCAAUUUGUUUGAGCUGCGCCCUCUACUGUACAGACGUGAAUUUACACUUCCUUUAGCCCGAGGUGUAUUCAUUUCACUUUUGCUGUGAAAGGAGUUUUACAUUUGUAAAAGAAAGAACUUUUUUAUAUUAAAAACAAGCAAUCCCUGCCCAGAUUAAAAAAGUAAUGCAAAAGUAAUGUAACGCAUUACUUUCCAUAAAAAGUAACAAACUUUUUUUAGGAAGUAAUGCAAUUUUGAGAUUAAUUCCUUUUAAAAGUAACUUUCCCCAACACUGCUCAUAUAUAAUAGCUCUUCCUUUACAUUAGUGUGUAAUAUUCGCACUACAAGCAUCACCA